AUGUCUCAGCAACCCUUGUCGUCGGUGGCGCAGCCGACCGACGUCUAUGGAGGAGACGAGGUUUCCGCCCUGGUGCUCGACCCAGGUUACUGCCAUACGCGCGCCGGCUUCGCGGGCGAAGACGUUCCCAAGUCCAUCUUGCCCUCUUUCCACGGCCGCACGACCAACAAGGAGAUCCAGAAGGAUUUCUUCGGUGACGAAUACCUCAUCGCGCGACCCGACUUCGAAGUUCGCAACUACAUGAACAAGGACAGCGUGGUCGAGGACUGGGACACCGCCACGAAGAUGUGGGAGUACAUGUUGACCAACCAACUGCAACCAUUCAAGCAGACCCCGCCCUCGAAGAACGGCCUCAACGAUGAUCCGAAGGAAGGCGAGGGAGAGAACGGCGAGGCCGCCGACGUCGCCAUGGAGGACGUCGAGGAGCAGGAGAAGUCGCUGCAGGAGAACCCACUUCUGAUGAGCGAGGCACCAUGGAACACACCUAAGGCAAGGGAGAAGGCCAUCGAGGUCAUCAUGGAGAACUGGGGUUGCCCCGCCUUCUGGAUGAGCCGCACCCCUGUUCUCUCGGCCUUCGCAGCCGGCAAGGCCAGCGCUCUGGUCAUCGAUGUUGGUGGCGCCAACACUUCCGUCACCGCCAUCCACGACGGCAUGUGCCUCAAGCGCUCUAUCCAGCGAUCUCCCGUCGCAGGACUAUGGCUCUCGGACCAGGUCCGCCACCUUUUCGGUACGAGUGAACCCAAGAUCGAGGUCGUGCCUACCUACAUGGUCGAGUCUAAGACGCCCGUCGAUGCCGGCGCCCCUCCGCAAUUCAAGUCUCGCACCUUCCCCUUCAGCAUCGACAAGUCUUUCGUCGACUACGAGAACGGACGCGUCAUCACCGAAUUCAAGGAGUCCGUUGUCGAGACCUGGAGGGGCCCUGGCAAAUUCCUGGCGCCUCAGAACGAGGAGUAUGUUCGCACGCAACCCGGACGGAUCUACGAGUUCCCCAACGCGGCAACCAGAUGUGGCGCGAGCGGCGUCAACAAGUCGCAGACCAUUCCCGAACUCAUCCGCAGUGCUCUCAACGCCGUGGAUGUUGACCUGCGCCCCAACCUGCUCGGCAACAUUGUCGUGACCGGCAGCACUAGUCUUCUGAACGGAUUCAACGACCGCCUGAACAACGAGCUCAUGGCCAUGUUCCCCGGCUCCAAGAUCAAGAUUCACGCCGCUGGACUGACCACGGAGCGUCGCUUUGGCGCCUGGAUCGGAGGCAGCAUCCUGGCGAGCCUGGGCACCUUCCACCAGAUGUGGAUCUCGAGGAAGGAGUACGAGGAGAACGGUGUCAACAUCGUGGAGAAACGCUGCAAGUAG